ACUUCCUGCCUCGGCGAGUCCCACCUCCUUCCUGCCCCCCGCCCCUCCUCGUUUCCCCGCCCGGCCGGCCACAGCCUUCGGCUCCCGGGGCUCCACUGUCGGGCAGGGGCUCCACGCAGACCCUCGUCCCAGUCUUCACCUGGGCCACCCCGGCAGUCCGCACCCCAGACUGACAGGGCUCAUGUGAUCACAAGGGCCCAGUGCUGCUGGACUGGAGGGCCUGGGAGAAACCGGAAGGCCUUAGGGUCCCCUUGCCCUGCAAGAACAAAGACUCCAAAGAUCCUUCCUGCUGCAGGCCUUGUCCACCUUACUGCCGCCUCAAACUGGAGACAGCUCCUAGCCAGGGCAAGCCUAGGUCCUGGUGUGGUUGGAGAUGAGGCUUGCCCAGGGAUAGUCGUGGAUCCAGACAGACAGUAUUCCAGCCUCAGGACAGGGGCUCCCGUGCCUCGGCUACAGGGGGGUCCAGCAAGAGGGGAAUGUGGGAGGAAGAGAUGCGUGGAGGGCUCAGGGUCCUGCCCAUGGCCCUGGCUGCUGAGCACUUGGGGGAGAUACGGAAGGAGGACAGCUGGAAGCGUUCAGGGCUCUGUAUUCUGAGCACCAGGGUUCCCGAGGACACUUUCUGGCCUCUCUGGCUGAGGCUGCGUUGCCCAGCUCAGCUGAAUUUCUCAGGUCCCAGGAUGCCCUAGGGCCUGGCCUCUGCAAUGUCGCCACCUCUGUGCUCCCUCCUGCUGGCCCUGGGCCUGGGGCUGGCUGGAACCCUCAACCCCAAUGACCCUAAUACCUGCAGCUUCUGGGAAAGCUUCACCACCACCACCAAGGAGUCCUACUCCCGCCCCUUCAGCCUGCUCCCCUCAGAGCCCUGCGACCACCCCAGGGAGAGCCCCCACACCUGCCGGCAACCCACGGUUGUCUACCGGACUGUCUACCGCCAGGUGGUGAAGACGGACCACCGAAGGCGCCUGCAGUGCUGUCGGGGCUUCUACGAGAGCGGUGGGGUCUGCGUCCCCCUUUGUGCCCAGGAGUGUGUCCAUGGCCGCUGUGUGGCACCCAAUCAAUGCCAGUGUGUGCAAGCCUGGCGGGGUGACGACUGCUCCAGUGAUUGUGCCCCAGGAGUGUGGGGGCCACAGUGUGACAAGCCCUGCAGCUGUGGCAACAGCUCCUGUGACCCCAAGAGUGGGGCAUGUUCCUGCCCCUCUGGCCUGCAGCCCCCACACUGCCUGCAGCCCUGCCCCCCUGGCCAUUAUGGCCCUGCCUGCCAGUUCCGCUGUGAGUGCCACGGGGCGCCCUGUGACCCCCAGACUGGAGCCUGCUUAUGCCCUCCAGAGAGAACAGGGCCCAGUAGCUGCGAUGUGUUCUGUCAGCUGGGCACUGUUGGCUUCUUCUGCCCCAGCACCUCUCCUUGCCACAAUGGGGGUGUGUUCCAGGCGUCCCAGGGCUGCAGCUGCCCACCUGGUUGGAUGGGCACGAUCUGUUCCCUGCCCUGUCUGGAGGGCUUCUAUGGAUCCAACUGCUCCCAGGAAUGUCACUGUCACAACAAUGGCCUCUGUGACCGAUUCACUGGGCAGUGUCGCUGUGCUCCAGGCUACACUGGGGACGGGUGCCGCGAGGAGUGCCCCGUGGGCCGCUUCGGACAGGACUGUGCUGAGACAUGCGACUGCGCCCCUGGGGCUCGCUGCUUCCCAGCCAAUGGUGCGUGUCUGUGCGAACACGGCUUCACCGGGGACCGCUGCUCCGAGCGCCUCUGCCCCGACGGCCUCUACGGCCUCAGCUGCCAGGUGCCCUGCACCUGCGACCCAGAGCACAGCCUCAGCUGCCACCCGAUGAGCGGGGAGUGCUCGUGCCAGCCCGGCUGGGCCGGCCUUCACUGCAACGAGAGCUGCCCGCAAGACACACACGGGCCCGGCUGCCGGGAGCACUGCCUCUGCCUGCACGGCGGCCUCUGCCAGCCCGACAGUGGCCUCUGCCUGUGUGCACCCGGGUACACGGGCCGGCACUGCGCCAGCCUCUGUCCACCUGAUACCUAUGGAGUCAACUGCUCCGCACGCUGCUCCUGCGAGAAUGCCCUCUCCUGCUCGCCGAUUGACGGCGCUUGUGUCUGCAAGGAAGGUUGGCAGCGUGGCAACUGCUCUGUGCCCUGCCCACCUGGAACCUGGGGAUUUGGUUGCAAUGCCAGCUGCCAGUGUGCCCAUGAGGCAGCCUGCAGCCCCCAAACUGGAGCCUGUACCUGCACCCCUGGGUGGCAUGGGGUCCACUGCCAGCUCCCCUGCCCAAAGGGGAAGUUUGGUGAAGGCUGUGCCAGUCACUGUGACUGUGACCACUCUGAUGGCUGUGACCCUGUUCAUGGAUACUGCCAGUGCCAAGCUGGCUGGACAGGUGCCCGGUGCCACCUGCCCUGCCCUGAGGGCUUCUGGGGAGCCAACUGCAGCAACACCUGCACCUGCAAAAACGGGGGCACCUGUAUCCCUGAGAACGGCAAUUGUGUGUGUGCACCCGGAUUCCGAGGUCCCUCCUGCCACAGACGUGAGGCCCCCUCCUCGCCCACCUGUCAGCAGUGUCAGAUGCUAGAAGCCUGCGCCCUACCCAUCUUGUCUUCUCCCCCCGAUUCUGAUCUUUGUGCCAGUUACUGCACCUGUCAGCCUGGACGCUAUGGCAAACGCUGUGUGCCCUGCAAGUGUGCUAACCACUCCUCCUGCCACCCCUCGGAUGGAACAUGCUACUGCCUGGCUGGCUGGACUGGCUCAGACUGUUCCCAACCGUGCUCUCCAGGACAUUGGGGAGACGGUUGUGCCCAGCCCUGCCAGUGUCACCAUGGUGGGACCUGCCAUCCCCAGGAUGGGAGCUGUUUUUGCCCCCCAGGCUGGACUGGACCCCUCUGCUUGGAAGGCUGUUCUCUAGGGAUGUUUGGUGCCAAUUGCUCUCAACCAUGCCAGUGUGGUUCUGGAGAGAGGUGCCAUCCAGAGACAGGGGCCUGUGUGUGCCCCCCAGGGCACAGUGGUGCCCCCUGCAGAAUGGGAAGCCAGGAGCCCUUCACCAUGAUGCCUCCCUCUCCAGUGGCCUAUAACUCACUGGGGGUGGUGAUCGGCAUCGCAGUACUGGGGUCCCUGGUGGUGGCCCUUGCGGCAUUGUUCAUUGGCUACCGCCACUGGCAAAAAGGCAAGGAGCACCAACACCUGGCAGUGGCGUACAGCAGCGGGCAACUGGACAGCUCUGAGUAUGUCAUGCCAGAUGUCUCUCUGAGCUACAGUCACUACUACUCCAACCCCAGCUACCACACCCUGUCACAGUGCUCACCCAACCCCCUGCCCCCUAACAAGGUUCCAGGCAGUCAGCUUUUCACCAGCCUCCAGGCCUCCGAGUGGCCCGGUGGAGCCCAUGGGCCAGAUAGCCAUGCCACUCUGCCUGCUGAUUGGAAGCGCCGCCGGGAGGCCCCUCCAGGGCCUCUGGAUAGGGGUAGCAGUUGCAUGGACCGUAGCUGCAGCUAUAGCUACCGCAGCAGUAAUGGUCCAGGUCCAUUCUACAGUAAAGGGCCCAUCUCUGAAGAAGGACUGGGGGCCAGUGUGGCUUCCCUGAGCAGUGAGAACCCCUAUGCCACCAUCCGGGACUUGUCCAGCCUGCUCGGGGGCCCCCGGGAAAGCAGCUAUGUAGAGAUGAAAGGCCCUCCGUCAGGAUCUCCCUCCAGGCAGGCUCCUCAGCUCCUGGACAGCCAGAGGCAGCGAUACUUGAAGCCGCAGAGAGACAGUGGUACCUAUGAGCAGCCUACUGCUCUGACCCAUGACCGAGACUCCGUGGGCUCCCAGCACCCUCUGCCUCCGGCCCUGAUCCCUGGCCACUAUGACUCACCCAAGAACAGCCACAUUCCUGGACACUACGACUUGCCUCCCAUACGGCAUCCCCCAUCACCCCCACUUCGGCACCAGGACCGCUGAGGGACCAAGAUGGUGUGCAGAGGCCAGUACACCUGUUCUUGCUGCCCAAGGUUGAGGACAGAGCCAGCCGUACCCUGCAAGGAGCAGGGAAAGUUCUGGCAGGUUGUGAAUAUGAACAUGUUUAUGAACAAUUUUAAUAGAGGAAGUGAAUGGACAGAUGGAAACCUGGCUCCUGGUUCCACACUGGGACCCUGGUUGGCAGGAGGCCUGCAUUUCCUUUCUCUCCCCACUGCUCUUGAGGGCUGCCACGGCAUGUGUGUAUACAUAAACCGGUGGGUUGAGUGUUACUGGAUAACUCUGAUGUCAUAUUGAUGUAAAAUGUAUAGUGGGUACCUUUUCUGUGCACUCUUGGGCUGGGCUCUGUGUAUGUGUGCAUGUGUGCGUGUGUGAGCUUCUGUGUGUGUGUGUGCUUUCACAGGGGUACCGGGCACAGGCCUUGUCCUACAGCCCUCACCAUUUAGUAGAGAGGCAGCUCAAAGACAGUUAACCUUGGCAGCAGUGUCUCCUUUCUCCCCCUGCAUUCACUUGGCAUCCCUUCCAACCAACAGCUCCGAAUACAAGGUGGUUAGGCUGCCCUGCCUGAGUGUCUUCAUGGGUGCCCCAUUGCUACUGGGCCAGAGCGGAAACUGUCAAAGGUCUUAAGUAAAGGGUCUGCUGGCUGUCCUAUCUCUGUCUUCAGCUUCACCUUGAAUUGUGUUCACUGCUCCAGUCACACUGGCUUCUAGGUCCUCCCAUUAACCAUUCUUCUUCCUGUCACAGGGACUUCAUACAUCUGGAAUGCUCUUCCUCUCCCACUUCUACUUGUCCUUCACAUCCCCUCCUCUGGGAAGCAUCUCUCUUUAAUAGCACUGAUCACAGCUGUAUUCAUUCACCAGAUGUCUGCAGAAGACCUGCAGGGUGCCAGGCACCUCUGUAAUGUGUUGCUUCUUUAUGUGAUUCUUUGAUUAAUUUCUGCUUCCCCCACCAGAAUGUAAGUUUCCUGAAGGCAGGAGUCCUGUGUUUACGCUCAACAUUGGUUCCCCUUCACACAUAGUAGGCAAUAAAUAUUUUCUAAAAGAC